AUGUUAAUUCUUAAUUUUUAUUAUAUUGUUCCUGUUGUGAGAGUUUUAUGUGGUUUAUGAGUCUUUGUUUCCAAACGUAAACAUUUGUUAAAUACUUUAUUAAGUUUAGAGUAUAUUAUACUUAGAAUUUUUUGAAUUAUAAGAUUACACUUGUCUAAUAUAGGUCAUGAAAGUUAUUUUGUUUUAUUUUUUUUAACUUUAGCUGCCUGUGAAGGGGCGUUAGGGUUAGCUCUUUUGGUGUCAGUAGUGCGGACUCACGGUAAUGAUUGUUUUAGAAGAUUUAGAGUAUUACAAUGUUAA